AUGGACGACGACGUCAAGUCUGCAGCGAAUGCCAUGAACGACCGGGGCGCUGACCUGGACUUUGAGGUCUCCGUAGUUGAAGGCGAUGAACUGGAAGAUGGACUCUUGUCUGUCGAAGUGCGCGAGACCCUUAUGGGCUCCAAGAGCGCAACAUUUGGAGACGACAGUAAGCAGCCUGGACGCCCGGUCAGUCUCUGUGGCUGCUUCUCGUUAUCUUUCUAUCAGCCUUACUUUGAUGUCGACACGUCGGAUGUCCAACUAUGA